AUGGCCGCUGCCGAGCUUCGCAACCAGAUUCUAGAGAACGCAAAGUUCCUGUAUGGACCCAAUAAGACGUUUCAGAUCGUUACGUCAUGUGUAUUGUAUGGAGGAUACCAGCCUGUCCCUCAGGCUGUCCUGGUGGAAUGCAACGAAGCGGAGGGCACAUUUAAGACACACCUCAUUGAAAAAGACCGGUCAACUCUUGACGAGGCCCUUGAACUGCUCCACCUAGCCACUACAAAGCUAGUGUACCAGAAAUUGGCUCAGUCAUUGGAAGAGGACGAUACGCUUGAGGUUGGCGAGACUGUGCUCGAAGGGUCGCUGGGUUGGGAGUAA